CGGUCCAGGGCCCAGCCUUGGUCAUGUGUGAGAGCAGAGGAGAGGUCAAGAUGUAGCCGAAUAAGGAGUUGAGCCCAUUCUCAUGUUUCCGCCCCCCUCCACCUCAACCCCCCUUGCUCCCAGCUCUCCGGAUUCUUAUAUAUUCCACUCAUGCCCCUUCCCCUUCUUAGCUCAUGGUUGGUUUUCUCCCCCUGUCCGAGGUCCUCCGAGUCAGCUCAUCUCCUCCUCCUCCUCUGAGGCACCUUUUUAGUAUAUUUUCCUAGCCAUUGGACCCUCCUCUCCUUCCCACCAUGAAGGGACCCAGCGUCAAGUCCCUGUCGCUGGCCGUCCUCUCGGGGCUCGUCCCCUGGGUCUCGGCCCUGGGACAGCAGCCCAUCGUCUCCUUCGAGAGCGCCGAGGGCGCGCUCCAGAUCGUCGGCGGCGAGGCCGGCACCGGCCAGAUCCGCGUGUCCGGGAACGACUACUGGGGCGUCAUCCGUGCCGCCGGUGACCUGGCCGCCGACUUUGGUCGCGUCACCGGCACCAACUUUAGCCUGAGCAACGGCCAGAGCGGUGCUUCGCCCGCGCGGUACCGGUUCCGUCCUGUCGACGUGACCGACAACACCGUUUUCCGCACCCUCGAAGAAGACUCCUUCGCCGGCCCGGCCUACGCGGACCCCGAAGCCGAAAACACCGUCAUCAUCGCCGGCACCAUCGGCACCGACGGCAUCAUCGACCAGCUCAUCGCGGCCGGCUCCCUCGACGUCAGCGAGGUCGAGGGCGAGUGGGAGGCCUUCGUGAGCCAGCUGGUCGACAACCCCAUGGACGGCGUCGCCCGCGCCCUCGUCAUCGCCGGCAGCGACCCCCGCGGCACCAUUUAUGGCAUUUACGACGUGAGCGAGCAGAUCGGCGUCAGCCCGUGGUACUUCUGGGCCGACGUCGCCGUGCGCCAGAGGGACGAGAUUUACGUGCUGCCCGAGCGGAAGGUGCAGAAGUCGCCUUCGAUCAAGUAUCGGGGCAUCUUUAUCAACGAUGAGCAGCCUGGGCUGUCGAGCUGGGUGGCCACCCAGUGGGACAACACCUGGAACGACGCCGCCCCCUACAACCACCACUUCUACGCCCUCGUCAGCGAGCUCCUCCUCCGUCUGCGCGCCAACUACCUCUGGCCCGCGCUCUGGGGCAGCAUGGUCUACGUCGACGACCCCCUCAACCAGCCCCUGCUGGACGCCUACGAGAUCGUCCUGGGCGGGUCGCACACCGAGCCCAUGAUGCGCGCCCAGAACGAGUUUGGCACCUUCUACGAAGGCCCCUGGCAGUACAACAACAACAACGAGACCAUCGACGAGUACUUCCGCUACGGCGUCGAGCGCGCCCGGCCCUACGCCCGCAACAGCGUCUGGACCAUGGCCAUGCGCGGCACGGGCGACACGGCCAUCGAGGGCGACCUGGGCAUCGACGCCAUCGUCUCCAUGCUGGAGACCCUGGUCGACAACCAGCGCCAGAUCCUGGUCGACGGGCUCGACGACAUCGAGCACGCCUCCGAGGUCGACUCGCUCUGGUGCCUGUACAAGGAGGUGCAGUCGUACCAGGAGCGCGGGCUGGUCGUGCCCGAGGACAUCACCCUCCUCUGGGCCGACGACAACUGGGGCAACGUGCGCCGGCUGCCGCUGGCCAACGAGACGGAGCGCUCCGGCGGCGCCGGCGUCUACUACCACUUCGAUUACGUCGGCGGCCCGCGCAGCUACAAGUGGAUCAACACCAUCCAGCUCGAGAAGACGGCCGAGCAGAUGCACCUGGCCUACGAGCGCCACGCGCGCAAGAUCUGGAUCGUCAACGUCGGCGACAUCAAGCCCAAGGAGAUCCCCAUCAACCACUUCCUCGACAUGGCCUACGACGCCGAGAUGUACGGCGUGCACGCGACCACGCGGUGGAUCAACGACUGGGUGCGCCGCGAGUUUGGCGGCGACGACCACGUCGACCACAUCACCGACGUGAUGAUCCGCUACGGCAUGUACGCCGCGCGCCGCAAGUACGAGCUCCUCGAGCCGUGGGUCUACUCGGUCAUCAACUACCGCGAGGCCGACGCCGUGCUGGCGCAGUGGGCCGCCCUCGCCGCCGACGCCCAGUCGGUGUACGACGCGCUCGACGACGCCUACCGGCCGGCCUACUUCCAGACGGUGCUGCACCCGGUGCUGGCGGGCGAGAUCGUGCACCGGAUCCAGGUCAACGGCGCCAAGAACCAGCUGUACGCGGCGCAGAAGCGCAACGCCGCCAACGACGUCAUCUGGGAGUCGCUGCAGCUCAUGUACGACGACGCCAACCUGACGCAGCGGUGGAACGAGAUGCUGGACGGCAAGUGGGCGCACAUGCUCGACCAGACGCACCUCGGCUACGACUACUGGCAGCAGCCCAUGCGCAACACGCUGCCCAACCUGCGCUUCGUCCAGGACGUCUUCCCCUCGCUGGGCGGCGAGUGGGGGAUCACCGUCGAGGGCACCAACGCCAGCGCCCAGGGCGACAGCCAGUGGCACGCCCUCUCGACCAACGACCUGUUCCUCCCGCCGCUGGACCCCUGGGGCGCCGCCGACAGCUACGUCGAGGUGUUCCACCGCGGGCCCAGCGAGUGCAACUGGUUCGCCGCGCCCUGGGAGGACUACGUCCGGCUGUCGGUGUACAACGGCACGGUGGGGGGCGACGACGGCCGCGACACGCGCAUCUUCGUCAGCGUCGACUGGCAGAGGGCGCCGCCCGCCCCGAGCACGUCGCAGGUGUACAUCAACUUUACGAGCGACUGUCUUGGCUUCGAGCAGUACGCGGGCGACUUGCCGCGCGCCGUGGUCACGGUCGAGCACCGCCUGCUCCCGGAGAACUUUACCGCGGGAUUCGUCGAGUCGGACGGCCACGUCGCCAUCGAGGCGCCGCAUUACCAGGCCAUCUACCCUGCGCAGAACAACACGGGCGGCCACGGUCACGGUCACGGUCACGACCACGAUCACGGUCACGCUCCCAACUCGACGGCCCUCGUCCGCCGCCACGACAACACCACAGACGGAGGCCACCACCACCACGGCGACGGCGACGGCGACGGCCCGGAAUACCACCUCUUCGAGAACUACGGCCGCACCCUGGCCGGCGUGGGCCUCUUCCCCCUCGACACGGAGAAGCUGCAAGUCGGCGAGGGCCCGGCGCUCGAGUACUCGCUGUACCUCUUCACGAACCACUCGGCCGCCAACGUGACGCUGUACAUCUCCACCGCGGCCAACUACCUGGGCGACGGCAACCCGCUCGAGUACGCGGUGGUCCUGUUCCCCACGGGCGGGGCGCAGCCCGAGCCGAAACGCGUGCAGCCCAUCGGGCCCAACAUCGGCGGCGACAUGCCGGUCGGCUGGGACGGCGCCGUGGCCGACGCGGUGUGGGGCCUCACCGGCAACUACACCACGUCCAGCUUCGAGGUGCCCAGGGCGGGCGCCUACACGCUGCGGGUCUGGGCGCUGCUGCCGAACUUGAUCGUUCAGAAGAUCGUGGUCGACCUGGGCGGCGUGCGCAGCUCGUACCUCGGACCGCCCGAGAGCUUCCUGGUCGGGAGGGACGAGAGGGGCGAGUAUAAUGGCACUUCGUUCGCCACUACGUCGGGUAUCGUGGGUGCGCUGAGCCGCAACGGCACGCAAGGCCACGGCGGGGAGGAGAGUGGUGCUGUGGGUGUUUCUGCUUCGAGGGGGCUUGGUCUGGCCUUGCUUCCUCUGGUCCUCGGUCUCUUUAUGAGCCUGUGAUGUAGAGUUGGCGAGUGAUGGUUGAGUGACGAGGGGGGUGACGAGGGGGAGUGACGAGAGACGAGUUACGGUGAUGUGCUAAAAGUGACGGUGAUUCAAGAGUGUGUCGGGUCGUGUCUCCAUAGCUGUUGUUGUGUUGGUUAUUAAAAGAAAUAGAGC